CAUUUAAAACCUAUGCAUCUCUCGGUCUCCCUCACAACUCACUCCCGCUCACGGUCAAUCCAUGGAAGCUUUGCGCUUCAAAUGGGCAAAUCUCAUCCUAAUGCUCUCAUUGGCAAUGCUCCCCGAUCUCUCCACAUCUCUUUCGGCCUGUAACUUUCCGGCAAUAUUCAACUUCGGGGACUCGAACUCCGACACGGGCGGGCUCUCUGCUGCGUUCGGGCAGGCCCCUCCACCAAACGGAGAGACCUACUUCCACGGCCCUGCUGGCCGGUUCUCUGAUGGGCGUCUGAUGAUCGACUUCAUUGCGGAACGGUUGGGACUGCCUCAUUUGAGUGCAUACUUGGACUCUGUGGGCUCAAACUACAGCCAUGGAGCCAACUUCGCAACCGCAGGAUCCACCAUUAGGCCCCAGAACACGACCAUGGCCCAGAGCGGAUACAGCCCCGUGUCGCUCGAUGUUCAGCUCGUGGAGUACUCGGAUUUCCUUAAGAGAUCCCAGAUAUUCCGCAGACAAGGUGGCGGCGUGUUUGAGAAGCUCUUGCCCAAGGAAGAUUACUUCGGUCGAGCUCUGUAUACGUUCGAUAUUGGGCAGAACGACCUCACUUCGGGUUUUAAGCUCAACAUGACUGUGGAACAAGUCAAGGCCUACGUUCCUGAUCUCAUCACUCAGUUCUCCAACACCCUGAAGGGUGUGUAUGAUCAAGGCGGAAGAUCAUUUUGGGUGCAUAACACGGGCCCGCUGGGUUGCCUACCCUACGUAUUGGACCGAUUUCUCAUCACAGCAGCACAAGUGGAUAAAUUCGGGUGCGGGGCACCAUUCAAUGAGGUGGCUCAGUACUUCAACCGUCAAUUGAAGGACGCUGUCGAUACGCUUAGAAAGGACCUUCCCGAAGCUUCAAUCACCUAUGUCGAUGUCUACUCAGUGAAGCAUAAACUGAUCGCCCAAGCAAAGAAAUUCGGAUUCCAGCGGCCUUUAGUAGCUUGCUGUGGUCAUGGCGGAAAGUAUAACUACAACAGAUAUAGGAAGUGCGGGGCCACGAUGAUUGUCAAAGGCAAAGAGAUCUUAAUCGCAGAGUCCUGCAAAGACCCAUCAGUCCGGGUAAACUGGGAUGGGGCUCACUACACCGAGGCGGCAAAUAAGUGGGUGAUCGAGCAGAUCGUUAAUGGGUCUUAUUCGAACCCGCCAAUUCCUCUUGGUAUGUCCUGCAAUAGAAUUGAACAUUAGAACAGCAGUUUCGUAUAUUUUCACCAACUACCUUUGUUGCUUUCUUCUGUCUCCUUCAAAGUAUUGCUAUGAUUGCCCAUUGUUUGAGUGUUGAA